AUGCUUCGGACGUUGCUUCUCUCGUUGGACAGCAAGGAGGGAUUGGCACACCCGCGCGUGACCCUAUUCGCAAAGCUGUCGGGCAUUCCCGUAUCCACGGAAGACUCGAGGGACUUUCGACCUUUUGCUCUCACGGAUUACUUUCUGCCGAUCGUCAGGUUAUUGGUGCCGCCGGGUGAGGAUCUGGACCUCUGGAUGGGGACUGGGAAAGAGCCGGUAAGCAACGCGAAGCGUCUAGACUCCACACAGGUAUUCCGAUAG